CUUUACCCUUGACGUCAUUCGUCUUAUAAAUAGGGGGUAGUCAUCAUUUUCAACCUACUGAACGACAUAGCUUGUUUUGGCUGUUUGGAUUGACGUGGUUAAGUCCUCCCGAGAGCAGUAGAGUUGUGACAGUGCCAUGGCACGUACAAAGCAGACCGCCCGCAAGUCCACCGGAGGAAAGGCUCCUCGCAAGCAGCUGGCCACCAAAGCGGCCAGGAAGAGCGCGCCCUCUACUGGCGGAGUCAAGAAGCCCCACAGAUACAGGCCAGGAACCGUGGCUCUGAGGGAGAUCCGUAGGUAUCAGAAGUCUACUGAGCUGCUCAUCCGCAAGUUGCCCUUCCAGCGUCUUGUUCGUGAGAUCGCUCAGGACUUCAAGACCGACCUGCGUUUCCAGAGCGCAGCUAUUGGCGCCCUGCAGGAGGCCAGUGAAGCAUACCUGGUGGGUCUGUUUGAGGACACCAACCUGUGCGCCAUCCACGCCAAGCGUGUCACCAUCAUGCCCAAGGACAUCCAGCUGGCAAGGCGAAUCCGAGGGGAGCGUGCUUAAACAUUUUCUUUUUUUUCUCUCUUGUACUCCAGUUUUUUCUCUAAAUGGGUGAUGGGGAGCGGGUGGGGAUUAAAGGGUUAAGGGGAGGGAGGUGUUGGGGCGAAUGGGUGAGGAGGGGUGGGAGAGGACAGGCAGAUGGGAGGGCAAGUCUUUAAAUUUGAACUACAAAUGCUUGUUCUUGUAGGUUUUGUUUUUAAUUUUUUGGCGUUUUAAGUUUUUGUAAUGUUUUUGGUAGAGUGGGUAGGGGGACAUAAGAACCGUGUGGGGGGAAUAUAUAAAUAUAUAUUUUUCAGUUCUACAAGUAGGCAGCAUUGUGCAGAACAUUCCUAAAGUUUCCUCUCAGGAUUUUACACUUUCUAUUUUAGACUUUUGGUAUUCUUCUGCCACCGUAUUUUAGUCUGCAUGGAUUAUGGUGACUUAAAUUUGUCCUUCUCUUUAUUUUAUUUUUUCUUUCCUCCAUCGUGGCCAUUUGGUUGUAAAUAAACGUUCCACUACCUCA